CUGUAAAUGCCUUUCUGUCCAGUAUAUAAAUACCCAGUUACAGUUACAUGUAGUCAGUUGGUUAUUGAUCAUACACCACAAUGGGAAAGAUCAUCUUCUACGAGGACAGGAACUUCCAGGGUCGGCACUAUGAGUGCAGCACCGACUGUGCCGACCUCUCCCCUUACUUCAGCCGCUGUAACUCCAUCCGUGUUGACAGUGACUGGUGGGUGUUGUACGAGAGACCCAACUACAUGGGAUACCAGUAUGUCCUGAGCAGGGGAGAGUAUCCUGACUACCAGCGCUGGAUGGGAUUUAAUGACUGUAUCAAGUCCUGUCGCAGUUACCCACCCUACCGAGGAGGCACCUACAGGAUGAGGAUUUACGAGAGGCCUGACUUCGGAGGGCAGAUGAUGGAAUUCAUGGAUGACUGUCCCUCUGUCUACGAUCGUUUCCGUUACCGUGACAUCCACUCCUGUCAGGUGAUGGAUGGCUAUUGGAUCUUCUAUGAACAUCCCAACUACAGAGGCCGACAGUACUUCCUGAGACCCGGGGAAUACAGGAGAUACAGUGACUGGGGUGGCUACAACUCAAUGAUCGGCUCCUUCAGACGCAUGAGGGACUUCUAG